AUGCCUUCCCAAACCGUCAAGACCGCUGCGAAACACCAGCGCUACCUCGAUACUUUUGAAGCCGACCGUAAUCCUCUGGCCGUCAACCGUCUCUGCACGUCUGGCGCCUUAGAAUGUACGGUCGAGGGCCUUGGUCGCAAGACAUUGCGAAUCGGUCUCCUACGACCCCAUGGACCCGUCGACUCGGUCCCCACCAAGCAGGACAUCGUUCCUGAGACUCUUCUCAAGAAGAGAAAGUCCCAGGAGAAGGAGCGCGAGGCCCGCACCGCUGACCUUCAGAAGAAGCGCGCUGCCAACAAGGAGAAGCGCCAGGUCAUCUUCAAGCGCGCCGAGUCCUACAUCAAGGAGUACCGCGAUGCUGAGCGCGAGAAGAUCCGCCUCCAGCGUGUCGCCAAGCAGGAGGGUUCUUUCUACGUCCCCGCCCAGGCCAAGCUUGCCUUCGUUGUCCGCAUCAAGGGUAUCAACAAGAUUGACCCCAAGAAGCGCAAGACCCUCCAGCUCCUCCGUCUUCUCCAGAUCAACAACGGUGUCUUCGUCCGUCUGACCAAGGCCACCAUUGAGAUGCUCAAGAUCGUCGAGCCCUUCGUUGCCUGGGGUUACCCCAACCUCAAGACUGUCCGUGAGCUCGUCUACAAGCGUGGUUACGGUAAGGUCAACAAGCAGCGCAUUGCUCUUUCCGACAACGCCAUCGUCGAGGAGAACCUCGGCCAGUACGGCAUUGUCUGCAUGGAGGACCUGAUCCACGAGAUCUUCACCGUUGGCCCCAACUUCAAGCAGGCCUCCAACUUCCUCUGGCCCUUCAAGCUCUCCAACCCUCUCGGUGGUUUCCACAAGAGAAAAUUCAACCACUUCGCAGNNAUCGAGGGUGGUGACCUUGGCAACCGCGAGGAGCAGAUCUCUGCCCUCGUUGCCCGCAUGAACUAA